AUGUCUCCCAUUCUGCCAGGCAGCGACAUGUUUGUCGACAAAAACAACCCCAGCAGCAAGGCGAAAAAGAAGACCACAGUAAAAGUUGGCAGAAACUCGGGCAAAACUAAGGCGGCCAAAGAGACGAAUCUCAAUUCCCUCAUUCAAUCGCUGAGAAGCCAGAAUGACCAGCAACAAAAACUGAUUGAAAAUCUAACCAAAACAAUUGAACAACUGCGUAAAGACCUUGAAAUCUCAGCAGACAUGCACUUUUUAGCUAAGCAAGCUAAAAUCAAAGCCCAAGAGUGCACGAAAGCCGGAGAAGAAGGAGCGGCGGAAACCUUUAAUGCUCUAGCAAGCAUGAUCAAGGAACAGACUGCCAAGGCAGUCCCAACAAACAAGGAAACCACCCUUCCUCCCCAAACCCCCCCGAAAACCGUACUUUCCAUACCGGAAAAUAUGGAAAUCGAAGAGGAAAAACAGAAGGGAAUAAAGAGGAAAGCCUCAUCAAGCCCUUCCCCAAAAGCUUCGACCUCAACCGCAGCCCCCACCCCCCAAAAAGGCAACGACGAGCCAGCCAAAAAAACCACUAUUCCCCCGAUUGUACUGAAAACACCGGGAGAAUGGACCACGGUUAAGAGAAAAUGCUUUGCUCACGUAAUCAACUUGGGCGUUCAAGAUAUAUUGAAAUUCUUAAAAAUAUCUGCAGACGAGAAUGACAUUAUUGAUGACAGUAGCGAUACUGAAGACGAGGCUGAUGAGGACGAUUUUCCAGUGCUUCGUUUGAGGAGAAUUUUGAAAAAAAUUGAAAGAUCUGAACAGCUUCAAAACAGCUUGAGAAGCGUGUGUGAUCUUCUGAAUAUGAAAUAUUUAGCAGUGACUGUAGAUGUAUCAACUAGGUGGAAUUCAACAUAUGAUAUGAUUUCUUUGGGAAUCAAAUUGAAGGAUGCUCUGAAUUCCUUAUGUGAUCAUAAUGAUAAAUUAAAGGAAAAUAAAAUAAAAGGGCAUGAAUGGGAACUAUUGGAUGUAAUUCAAAAAUAUCUGAAACCCUUCAAGUCAUUAUCAACUCUAUUAUGUGGAGAAAAAUAUCCAACUUUACCAUUAGUUAUAGUUGGGUUCAACAUAUUAAUCGAUAAAAUAGAGAAACUGAUAAUUGAACUCGAUUGUAAAGAAGAAAGGACACACAUGGACGAAAAAAUUAUAUUAGCAUUCAAGACUGGUAGGGAUAAAAUGCUCAAACAUUAUUAUAAGACGAACUGGACGUAUUGCGCUGUUUUGAUACUGGAUCCACGGCAUAAAGUAGAUAUGUUUUCUCGUACUGCUUGGGGUAGGGAAAUGAAGGAAAAUUCCAUUAAAAAAUUCGAGAACAUAUUCAGAGCUAAUUAUGUAACCUUAGAAAGUCAGCCUGAAAAAGAUGUUCUAAAAUUGUUCUCUGAGUUUCUGAGUGGACAGACCCUGCUUACACAAAAGGCAACUUAG